AGUGCUAUAGCGCUAGAGAGUGUGUGUGAGAGAGAGAGACACACAGUGGCUGUGCGUGUGUGUAUGUACAGCCCUCAGCCUCGCGCAUGGUGCUCAAACGAGCAGGAGGAGCCGUGUGACAGGACAGCCGUGUGUUACAGACUGUCCGAGAGAGAGCGUGUGAGGGAUUAAGGAGUCGUUCAGUAGCCAGUCAGAAACCCGCUCUCUCUCUCCCUCUCUCUCUCUACCCUCCUGUCCUCUCGUCUCCUCUCACCUCAUUGACCGCGAGUGUGUGCAAGUGUGUGGUGGAGCUUACAUCGCACUUGACUCGGAAGACGGAGCGCGACGCUACACAACCGUGGGGACACGAACCAAGACUUGGUCACCGCUGUUGCUGCUGCUGCUGCUGCUGCUAUCGUCUCACUGACUCUCAUUGACUGCACCUGUUGGAUCAGACGCAGACGAGGGACACAGGCUGUGAAACUGACACAGGAGAUACGGACGAGACACGGACGCAGGAGAGGGUCUCUGUCGGUCGCGGUUGCGGUGAGAGAGGCGAGAGACUUGGGGAACCGGAGCCCUUGGUUGGUGGAUGUCUACGGUUGACGGAGGCGGAGGCGGAGGAGGACUGGCCCUCCUUACCCCCUGUGGUCUCCCAGACCAUGGCUCCGGCAUAACGGCGAUCGACAGGCAUGGUGAGCAGGGUCUGGGUGCCCCUAUCAUCAUGUGCACGCGUCCGUACCCCGCCGAGUGCCAGCUGUACCCGCAGGAGGACGGCCUGAGCCUGGGCCUGGGGGGGCGCGACGCCCACGAGUCCGACAUGGACAGCGCCGUCGACAGCGGAGCCGGCUCGGAAUCCUCAGAAGGAGGUCGCCAAGACGACAAGGACGAGGGACUCGGAGGACUCUUCCUGCCCGCAAACAACUCCGGACAGCUGAUUCCUUCGGCGUCUGCGUCCGUCAUCUCCACCGAGGAGCAGUUUGAAGACUACGGCGAGGGUGAGGAUGUGGACUUCACUCCCAGCAGCCCCUGUGCUGACGACGAGACGCGCACCAACGGCUUCUCCGAUCUGGGCUCCUCGCUGCCCUCCAGUGCUGGCCAGACCCCUCAGAAGAUCCGGCACCUGUACAACAGCGAGCUGCUGGACGUGUACUGCUCCCAGUGCUGUAAGAAGGUCAACCUCCUCAACGACCUGGAGGCCCGGCUCAAGAACCUCAAGGCCAACAGCCCCAACAGAAAGAUAUCCAGCACAGCAUUUGGAAGACAACUCUUCCACCACAGCAACUUCAGCAGCAGUCAGGGCAGCACUGAGGACCUGUUCAGAGACAGCAUUGACUCCUGUGACGUGGACAUCACUGAGAAGGUGAGCUACCUGGAGAAGAAGGUGACAGAGUUGGAGAAUGACAGCUUGGCCAACGGAGACCUCAAGUCCAAACUCAAGCAUGAGAACACUCAACUGGUGCACAGGGUGCAUGAGCUUGAGGAGCAGAUUAAGGACCAGGAGACGCGUGCGGACCAGCAGAUGGAGGAGGAGGUGAAGAGACACAGGGAGACCUUCAGCAAGAUGGAGCGAGACAAGAACCACCACAUAGAACAACUCAGCAACAGGGUGCUACAGUUAGAGGAGGAGAAUGGAGAAAUGAAACUGAAUGUUUGCAGACUGAAAUCACAGACAGAGAAACUGGAUCAGGAGAAGCAGCGCAUGACGGACAAGUUGGAGGACACCAGUCUGCGCCUGAAGGAUGAGAUGGACCUGUACCGCAAGAUGAUGGACAAGCUGUGGCAGAACAGACACGAGUUCCAGAAGGAGAGGGAGGCCAUGCAGGAGUUGAUAGAAGAUUUGCGUCGGGAGUUGGAGCACUUACAGCUGUUCAAGUUGGAGGCGGAGAGGGGGCGUAACCGAGGCUCAGCAGCCGGCCUAUCAGAGUACAACGCCAAGACCCGUGAGAUCGAGAUGGAGCACGAAGUCAAGCGCCUCAAACAGGAGAACCACAAGCUUCGGGACCAGAACGACGACCUGAACGCCCAGAUCCUGAGCCUCAGCCUGUACGAGGCAAAGAACCUGUUCAGCUGCAGUACCAAGGCCCAGUCUCUGGCCGCCGAGAUAGACAACGCAUCCCGAGACGAGCUUGUGGAUGCUCUGAAAGAACAAGAGGAGAUCAACUAUCGCCUCAGACAGUACAUGGACAAGAUCAUUCUGGCCAUCCUGGACCACAACCCCUCCAUCUUAGAGAUCAAACACUAGAGGACCCCCCCCACAGCAUGUCUACAGUACAUGUACACGUACGCCACUGUCUAGUCAGUGUCUCUCUGGUGGACAUAGAGCGCUCUCUGCUGGCCAGACACAUGAACUGCAUCACAUGGCAAGAUUUAAAAACACUUCAGAAUCUGCCAUCAGUGACUACUACUACUACAUGGUACCUCUCAUGCACACAGUUUUUGAGUUCUUGCAUUUUGGUUUCAUCACCGUGCGCACCACCCACUAGUUUUAGAUGAUUUAAAAAAUAAAAAAAAAAGACUGGAAAACUGGUAGGGACUACAACUGGAACCAUUUCGCUCACACAUGACUUGAAUUCUCACUUUUCUUUCUGUUUUUUUUUCCUUUUUUCUUUUUAAGUUAUGUUUCGCAUACACUACCUCUAGGUGCAUAGGUCCGGUCGUUUGUACAAGUCUACCAUGUAACGUUGAACUGGGCUGCUAUACGGAGUGGGAACAAGAGUAUGAGUAUGACGUUAACGUGGCACAGACGAUCCCAGACGAGGGAGUUAGUGUAUGUUUGUGAGAUAAGAGAAAGGAUGUAAUGUUUCAACAAGCAAGCACUGUUAGGGGUUAGUGUGUGUGUCGUGUUCUUGCGUAGUCUAUACACCAUACAGUAGCUUGUGUAUAUGCAUGAGAAGAGAGGGCAAAAGGCGUCUCCGUGCAAGCAGAGAAGUACCCCAUCUUGGGCUAUCUAAAGAACAGGAGAGGGUAUAUGAAAGAAAAAAGAAAUUGCAUCAUAAACACCCCAUGUUAUUCCAAAUUUAACCAACAUUAGAAAUUAGGAUAAAGAAUAGGCUGUAAAAUAGCCUAUUGUAUGUUAAAUGUAACAUACUAACCAAAUGGGAGGCACGUGGUUGUUGACAGGAUAAAUCAGAUUGAAAGCUAAAUUGGAAAACAACAGUAAAUUAACUUUUGGUAGUAAGAACACUAAUUUUACACACCAUACAUUUAAAUGAGUGUUUUAUGGUCUAUCUGAAAUUGGCACACGAAGGCCUAGUAUGACCUGUAUUUAAUCGCAAUGGAUCACAUUAUGCUUUGAAGACAUAAUGCUUUGAGGAUAAACAGGAAGGCAUCCUUGAAAUCACAGGAAGUCAACCUUGUAAUCACACUUGCUGAAGCACAAGUGGAUUAAGUGGCCAUAUUUUAAAAAAGCAUUUGUAGACUACAACUUAAGAAUGGUUACGUUGAUGUACAGUACACCAAGUGCAGACUUGAGACGGAAAAAAUGAUGGAAAAGAAAGUCAGAUAUGUACUUUAUUUUGUGGCAAAGCAUGAGUCAGAACGGUUGUAAAGCUUAAGUGUAUAAAAUGGGAAAAAAACAAAUGUUUAUUUUUACAUACAGAGCUAUAAAUAAUGUUGUUGAGAGCAAGUCCAGUAUGGUGUAAGGAGGGAGGAGCCUGUUGAAAGAAAAUGCAGGCUUCUGUGUGACGGACGGAGUCAGCAUGAGGUUGUGUAAGGGCCUCCGCACAUCGGCUCCAACAAAGUGCAGAGCACUGCUCAGCCAAAGUUCGAUUCCAUUGUUGCCAAUAUAACCCCACACACCGGCGCAGAUGUCCGUGAACAUUCGCGGAUGUCGGAAAGCGAUUAGAGACGAGUUCUAUUUUGUCUGAGCCUUCCAUUGACUAUCAAUGCUAUGUUCGUGUGAAAUUGGGUUUGGGGGUCGGAAUUCUGUCAGAAGCGAAAGUGCUCCGCAGUGCUGUCGGAGCCGAUGUGCGGAGGCCCCAAGAAUUGAGCACUAAGCCCAUAAAUUUGAGCACUAGAUGCCGUGAUUGGCCUUUUCUCUUGGCCCAACCCAGGGUGCCACUGUCUUGGUCUGGUAUCCUGAUUUUCGUUUGAUGUUGUAUUACCGCCACCUACAGGAUCAUUUGUGUCACUUUCUCACCGAUUGAUGGCAACAUUACACUGGCUAAACAUGGUGUCUGUCGAUCUGACUUAAGUCAUUGGUUCCAAUACAAAGGAGUGGUCAACGCAGCAUCUAGUGUUCCUCUGUAUGGCACUGAGUCUACCGUAUGUGGUCAUAAGAUGGAGGUUAUGGGUGUGGGGGUGGGGUCAUCCUCCUGCAUAUUUGCUGGAGAUCUCAAUUUUAAAAUUCAACUGGAAUAUAACUACUGUACAGUAUGCAGAGGUGUCGGUCCUGGGUCCAGAAAGUGAAAACCCUGACACAAUUGUCAUCCAACCAACUGAUACUAUACUCAAGACAUGUGGACCAAUUCACUUAGUUAAGUCCCCUGUGGUUUUUUUUUACUUCUGAGGCAGGGUUUAUGACACCUCUGACUGUAUGCAAACAUACAGUACAUAAUUAUGAGCAGCUAUAAUGGUCGGACUGUAUGUCUCUGGUGCACAGACCAGGUAUACUGACCACACCCUCCCCCAGCCCCCACUCAGCUGUUUAGGGUAUUUGACAAUGCUACAUCAACAAUGUUGGAGCUUUGACUGAGGCUUGAGGGUCAGACAAGUACUGUAUGUAUGUUUGAUACAGAACGACCGUGGACGAGUUGAUGGACAGGUUGACUGUGUACAGUAGGCCUGACAGACGGAACUUAUCUGGCGUCUUGUCUGACAGGAUAAGGAAUACCCUGUGACUGACAGCCACCAUGGAUAGUAUAGUAACACUUUACCUGACAGUGGCAUCAUAAGCAUGAUAUGACAUUGUCGUAACAGGACGGUACUGCUAGCACUACCCAAACAGACUAAUGUGAGACACAGCUCAGUGACUUGUCAACGCUGCUGCCUGGUAAACAGACUCAUAAAUGAAUGGCAAUAAGAGAAGACAGUAAUUGAUUUAACACGAAAGACAACAAUGAUGAUAAUAAUGAUAAUAACAAUAAUAAUAAAACAAGUGUCAUAUUUGUUCAUGAAUAGGGUUCAUAAAUGAUGCUCCAUAAUCACUACUUAAGAUAAUCACUAUGUAGAAUAGACACUGUAGACGUGGGGUCAGGGUGUGUAUGAUGACCGCCCUCGGCAGUUCUUAAUGGAAAUUACUAUGUAAACUGUACAUGUCAUGAAUGUAUUACAGUUCAAGAGUUACUGUCUCUCACCUUUUUGCCCGGGAUUUUAUUGGAUUUUACUUAGAUAGCCGGCGAUGUGGCUCUGUACACCACAGUGUUUAAAUUCAACUGUGUAGCUAGGAUAUUACUACUAAUACUGGUGUGUUCUGUAUCGUCACAAAACUAGUUUUGCCUUGUUGCACAAAUUGUAAUGAUUUUUUGAUGUUGAGCAUCUUCUUUGCUUGGUCCCUUAUAAAAUGGUUUGUGUGCCUUUUAAAGUUUAAGUGGCACUAGUUGGUGUUUUUUUUGUUAUACUUUAUUUUUGUUUACUUUUGAUCUAAUUCAUUUGACUGAUCAUAGAGGCUUUUAUAUACAUACAGUAUUUCUGUCUUAACUUGUCUGAGCAUUUUUCAUAAAUUGUAAAUGUUGUACAGAAACUAGUUAUUAAAUAUUUGUAUUUAUGUGCCCUUCACCAGACCUGCUAAAUGACAAGGCUGUCUUUUAUACAGAUUUAUGAUACUAUAGUGCAGCAAGAUUAUCAAUAUAUGUAUGGUGCAAAUGAACAUAAUGUAAGAUAUUCAUUUGAAGACAUUUUAUUUGGCGAUGUUUCAAGGCACUGUCAACGUGAGUGAGGAUCACUACAGUGGCAGAGCUGUAUUCCGACAAGUGAUGCCUAGCCUAUACACAGCUUCCAGUAACAAGCCAUGCCUGAGUAGCUUCUUAUUCAAACUUCAUUUGACUAUGUGAUGAAUGGUACUCAGACCACCAUGCAGACAUAAUGCAGCCAUGCUUGGUUACUGUACAUCAUAUUCCAUUUAACAACCUGUGGCAAUUUCAAACCAAGAUGACAAGUAGGCCUACAUUAUGUCAAGUGGUCCUGCUUAUUGCAUUUUCUGUGAACCAUUGACAAAUUAUACGAUGAUUUUGUUUUAUUGUUUUUUUCCCCCUUUAGGUAGGGUUAAUACUCAUUUUAUUUCAGGGCGGAAUGCUAGCUCAUCCAUUGCAUUGUUUGGUUUAGGCCUACAUCAUGGUAAUGCUUGAAUAUUCUUCAUGUCUGUGACCCUGUGGUACUUAAAAAAGGAAGAAAAAAAUGUUCUGCAUCUGCUGUCACUGCAUCUAAAAGAAUAAAGAUUUGUGCCCCAUAA